AUGGAAAAGAUCGACACGCACUGCCAUAUUGUCCCGGAGGGUGGAGAAAAUGGUUCACCGGAAAGUCAUAUCGAGCUCAUAGACAAGCUAGGGGUUAAACGAUCCAUUCUCAGCAUCACUUCCCCAGGCACACAUCUGAAGAUCAACGAUUUCGAGUUGACAAGGCAAGUUACACGCGAGACCAAUGCCGAGAUUGCUGAAAUAUGCAGCAGGUUUCCAGACCGGUUUGGUUGGUUUGCUUCGCUUCCAUUGCCAGACGUGGAGGGCUCCCUGGAAGAAAUUGAUGCUGCUUUAAAACUUGGGGCUUCUGGGUUCGCUGUCAUGACCAAUGCCCAGGGUAACUAUGGGAGAUUCGAAAUUUGA